AACUACAGGUGCAACAUGACGAAAACCACACUGAUCCUGUUCGCCGCGUGCGUGCUGGGGGUCGUGAGCGCGUUCCCCCAGGGCGGCGGCGGCGGCGGAAGCUACAAGCAACCCGAGGGCUACUUCCAGUACGUGAAUGUCCCCGGCCACAAGGAGUACGAGUUCGGAUGGAACCGCGGGAACCCACACCAUUACAUCUCCCGGUUCGAGCAGGCCAAGGACCACCGCUUCCGUACCAGGGUAAAGUGGUCCGACACCCACGAGGGAUACGGCGAGCACUACUGGGAGUACAACCACGCCCCAAAGUACCCUGAUGAGCACAAGGACUCCUACAAGCCCCCAGAGCCCGCAUACCACGCCCCCGAGCCCGUGUACCACGCCCCCGCACCCUCCUACGGCCCUCCUAAGGGUUAUCCUUCUGAGAACAUCGAAGUCAUUGUCGAAGAUCCUCAGCAGUACCAGAGGGUCGAUCCUCAGCAGUACCAAUAGAGCUUCCGAGGGGGAGUUCCUGGAAGCCUGAGGUCGUCUGAAGCACGACCCCGCUCCCCCCCCUCCCCUUCCCCUCUACCCGCCCCAUCCGUCCAAGAGAUCACGUGACCCAAACUUUCCUGAAAAUCGGAAUGAGAUUUUACUGUAAGGCUCCUUCUCCCUCACUUCCUCCCCCUUCCCCCACCCUUUUUAUCUCCCCUUUUUUUUUCUUUCCCUUUUAUUUGCCCUCCACGAACACCCAAACUUCAACCACCCUCAGAUUUAAAACGGAUUCACCACUGCUCAAUAUCACAACACAGAAAAAAAACGAAGGUAUCUGAAAAUACGAAGAUCUCACGCGUUGCGGAUGGGGAUAGUUGUAUACAUGAUCUAGUCCAGCGGGUGGUGCUAAGGUCGCUCUCGCCGCCCACCCGCCGCCCACCCACAGCCCUUACUGCAUGCUGUGUCGUUUCCCUUGUUGAUGGCACUGUGACCCCGACUUGCUCCUUCAGGAACGAGUCGAGGGAGUUUUGUUGUAUCCCUUUCAUUUUAGUUGUAGUAGAAAAUCCUUUGUUUGAUCCUUUGUUUGUUAUAUACACCGUUUUUUUCUAGUAAAAGCAUUGUGAGAUG